AUGGCGAGAGCAGAAUCUUCCAAAGACGCGGAAUCAAACGGCACAAGAGCAAAGGCCAAUGGCGCCCCGACGAACUACGAACUCCCAUGGGUAGAAAAGUACCGCCCCGUCUUCCUCGACGACAUCGUGGGCAACACGGAAACCAUCGAACGCCUCAAGAUCAUCGCGAAAGACGGAAACAUGCCCCACGUAAUCAUCAGCGGAAUGCCCGGGAUCGGAAAGACGACGUCCAUCCUCUGCCUCGCGCGACAAUUGCUGGGCGAUGCCUACAAGGAAGCCGUCCUCGAACUCAACGCCUCCGACGAGCGCGGUAUCGACGUCGUGCGCAACCGCAUCAAAGGCUUCGCGCAGAAGAAAGUCACCCUCCCCGCCGGGCGGCAGAAACUCGUGAUCCUCGACGAAGCGGACAGCAUGACGUCCGGCGCGCAACAAGCCCUCCGUCGCACGAUGGAGAUUUACUCCGGCACCACGCGCUUCGCUUUCGCUUGUAACCAGUCCAACAAGAUCAUCGAGCCGCUGCAGUCGCGCUGUGCGAUCUUGCGAUACGCCCGUCUGACGGAUGGACAGGUGGUCAAGAGGCUGUAUCAGAUCUGCCAGGCGGAGAGCGUGGAAUACAGCGACGAUGGCAUUGCCGCGUUGGUGUUCAGCGCCGAGGGGGAUAUGCGACAAGCAAUAAACAAUCUGCAGAGCACGAGUGCCGGCUUUGGCUUCGUGAAUGGAGAUAAUGUGUUUCGCGUGGUGGACAGUCCGCAUCCGAUCAAGGUGCAAGCUCUGAUUCGGAAUUGCCAUGAGCAGAAAGUUGACGAGGCGUUGGAUUCCUUGAAAGAGCUCUGGUAAGGACUCAUGGGACUGAUACCGUUUGGGGAUGGAUAGAUUUGCACGGGCAUCUGAUCUGUUGGCUGACAUUUUCGUUCCAGGUCGCUCGGGUAUUCCUCGCACGACAUCAUCAGCACCAUGUUCAAGGUCACCAAAUCCAUCGAUUCCUUGUCCGAGCACACGAAGCUGGAAUUCAUCAAGGAGAUCGGCUUCACGCACAUGCGCAUCCUGGAAGGGAUGCAGACCUACCUCCAGCUCGCCGGCUGCGUGGCGAAGCUCUGCAAGCUGAACAUGAAGCCCGCCCUCUUCGAGAUUCCCCAGACGUAA